CCACCCAUCGACGGUGGCCCCUUAGCAUGGCGCCUCCUCCUCGCCGCCUUCAUCUUCGAAGCCCUCCUCUGGGGCUUCCCCCUCUCCUUCGGCGUCUUCCAAGCCCACUACACGCGCCUCCCGGCUUUCGCCUCAAACCCCUACCUCCCCCUAAUCGGCACCAGCGCCUCGGGCAUCUCGUACCUAGGCGCGCCCCUCGCCACACCUCUAAUCCGGCGCUACUCGGCCUACCGCACGCACAUGAUCCUCGUGGGGUGGCCGCUGUGCAUCGCGGGUCUGGUGGCGGGUAGCUUUGCCGACCGGCUUGGUACGCUGGUACUUACCCAGGGGGUUAUGUAUGGCGUGGGGUUUGUGGUGUUUUACUACCCUAUUCUGUCGAUGGUGGAUGAGUUCUGGGUGCAGCGGCGGGGGAUGGCGUACGGGGUGUUGUGCGGUGCGAGUGGGGUUUCGGGAGCGGUGACGCCGUUCGUGCUACAAGUCCUGCUUGGGCGGUUUGGAUACAAGGGCACGUUGCGGGGUGUUGCAGGCGCGCUUGUUGUGUUAACAGGCCCGUUGAUACCGCUGCUGCGGGGACGCAAGGGGCAUAUAGAACAAAGCCAGGGGACAGAUUGGGCGUUUCUAUCCAGCCGCCUGUUCUGGACGUAUAGUGUGAGUAACGUGUUAAUGGGGAUAGGGUUUUUCUUCCCAUCGCUGUAUCUACCAUCAUAUGCGGCGGCGCUUGGACUGAGCGGGACUAAAGGCGCGCUGCUACUUGCGCUGAUGAGCGUUGCGCAGGUUGCGGGGCAGUUCACGUUUGGGUAUUUGUCGGAUGGGACGAGGGUGUCACUCAAUGCGCUGAUUGCCGUGUCGUUGGUUGUUGCGGGUACGGCGACGUUGAGUACGUGGGGGCUUGCGCAGUCGUUGGCGCCGCUUGUGUUUUUUGUGCUGCUUUAUGGGUUUUUUGGCGCGGGGUAUACGGCGAUGUGGGCGAGGAUGGUGAGUGCGGUUAGUGGGGAGGCGGCGGCGGCGCAGGCGAUGUUUGGGCUGUUUUGCUUUGGGAAGGGGGUGGGGAAUGUUUUGGCGGGGCCGAUUGGGGCGGGGUUGUUGGCUAGGUCGGGUGGUGCUGGUGCUGGUGGUGGUGAGUAUGGGCAUGGGAUGUAUAUGCCUGUUGUGGUUUUUACGGGGGUUUGUCUGCUUGCUAGUGCUGGGAGUUUGGGUACGGUGUAUCUGAGGCCGAAGAGUUAG